UCUCUGCGUUUACCUUGUGUAGUUUUUUCCUGCGUAACCUUGAACAAUGUGCGCUUGUAAAUUCACAAAUAUCUGUCAUUGCAUUUAAAACUCCUAAGUUUACUUUUGUUGUACGAAUCAAAUGAUUUCAAGCGGCUUUCCACGAAAAGAUAUUUUAUCAAACAUACCGUUACAACGGCAUGAAUAAUUCAUGAAUUAGUUAAGAAAGACUAUUUAGUUUAGAGUGUUCCCGCGCAUCCUGAAAUGUCAAAAUGCUACGUUUAAACUACUCGUUUGUAACGUGCACAUCAGACUUCGUAUGAUAUAAAUUUUUUAUACUGAUUGUCAACAUCAUAAAAACAAAAACUAUGAAAUUAAUGUGCAGUACAGUUGUUGAGCCAUCCUAUAGUCCACCAACAAGGAAACAAUUUCUAAAAUCUUGCUUGAGUAUAGGUCGGCAGUCAGUUAAAGAUGACAACAUUUAUAUUUUGCUCCAGCAGUCAAAUAAAAAUAAAAAUGGCACAAAAUACAGGGUAAACAACAUUGAAACGAUUUUCUCGAAAUUUGUUCACGAGGGAAUGGCAACAAUAAGAUUCAAAUCCCCAGUCGAGGAUAUAAGCAUAAGAUGUGAUCCAUUACAAUUAAAGAGCUUCCUUCACGUACUAAAGCUUGCUCUUUCAGGAAAAAUGAAUCCAGCUGUGAUGAAUUUAUCAAAUCUAGAACCAAAAAAAAUUAAUACCCUUCUCAAGACAAAAAUUGUCAUUAAAAGUGCUGCCAAUUACCCUGUACUCGAGGGAUUUCCAAGAACAACUGAAGAACUUCACCUUGCUGCCCUUGAAAGGAGGUCUUUUGAUCGACAAAUCCUGAAGUUGCAAAGCUUAAAAUUCUUAAACUUGUCUGACAAUCAGCUGACGAGUUUACCUCAGGAGUUGGGUAUGCUUCCCAACCUUCAAGAACUACAUCUCGCUAAUAAUCAGCUAGGAAAGAGUCCCAUCUCAAAAUGGUCAUGGAUGAAUGGCAGUAAAAUAGUUAAAAACUUGCACUUGCUGAAUAUGAGUUCUAAUCAGCUCAAAUAUGUUCCUCAUCAGCUCAACAAGUUGCAAAAUUUAGUUUCAUUAUUUCUCAAUGAUAACUCAAUUUCUGUACUGCCUCAAGGAAUUGGAAAUUUACUUAAACUGAAGUUUUUGAAUAUAGCUAAAAAUAAUUUAACAUACAUGCCUGGGAGUGUGAGAAAUUUGAGACUGACUGAUUUAAACAUUUCUGAUAAUCCUUGGAAAUGUGAGGUGGACAACGAUUUUUACUGCAACAUUAAAGUACCCAGUUUACUUGAUAUUGCUGCACAAGUCAUUAAAAGGAAAAGGAUUUACUACGAUGCUAGUGUAAUACCGUUUAAUUUAGUACCCUUUUUGGAUAAAGCAAAUUAUUGCCUAUGUGGUUUGGCCUGUUUUGGCUGCUUUUAUAGAACUUUCAAGUUAGCAAAAUACAACAGCAUUGCACAAAAUACUAAAUUUUCUAACGUAAGAAGUUUGGAGAUAUUGUACGAAUGUUACUUUUGUUCAGCAAGAUGUAUUAGAUUGUAUUCCAAUGCAUGGUAAAAGAAAAACUCGUCUACACAUUUAUUUUUAUUUCACAAACACAAGACUGAAGUCAUAGGAUAUUGUAUUAUUAUAAGAUACCUGUAGAUUAACUACUAACUUAAAUUGUACAUGGA